AUGCCGUAUUUGUCCACACACUCUGGAUCUGAUCCCCUCGUCAAGGAUUUUUUUCGAAAAUCUAGAGGAGGACAUUCAUCCCAUGCAAAGGAGCUGGUUAUGAUCAGCAUGUUGAGCAAUAAUGCCUUAAAGUGCAUCUAUCAUUCCAUUCCCUAUGUUACUGCUUUGUUUGACUACCUCACCGCCGUAUAUGACCUAGCGUAUCGGCACGACUUAACUCUUUUGCUCCCUAUGGUGUUCGGUCUCAUAUUGUGCUUCUUUGGCGGCCAGUACUUAAUGUUAGUCACUAUAUCGGAGACGGUACGGUUGUUCUGCUGGAGGGAAUUGGUUGCUUCUGCUAAUGCUUUGUACCGUAACUACGAAAUCGCUAUGGAGAGUAGCCGUAGGGAUGACUUAAUCGACGCUGAUGGAAAUCGCAUCCCAGAUGUUAAGGAAAUAAGUAGACAGGACCUGCUUGUGCAAAAGUUGAAGGUUUUCAUGAAGACUGUGGAUGUGAUAGAGGUGCGCUCUGCUAUUCGGACGCUUGCAACGGCAUACUUUUCGAUAAUUGCUGCGCUGCGGCUAAAGGUGGCGCGGUAUUUGGCACUUGCCUUAUCUUCAGCGCGUGUGAUAAGCAAAAGCAUUCCAUUAGAGCGCAUUUUGGCGGAACACCUUCCUCCGGGAUCGAAAAAAUGGUCUGGAAUCCUAGCGGACACUCAGCUCAAUGUGCUCUGCAUGAUCUUAGCGCUAUUUUUUGGUAGAUGGGUAUGCAGCUUAAACUGUGCAAUUCAAGGCUCCUCCAUGUUUGUUCAGAGCAUGAUUAUGCUCGGUCAGAAAAAGGGCCUUUUAGAGGACGAUUUGCACGUGAAUGAUCCGAGGUCGAAGGCUCUUGUUGUGGUUGUUGCAGCGACCGGCUUUCUAUGGCAGGCAUCUCAUCGCAGUGGUUUACCGUUUCCCUUCAAUGUGUUCUUGUUUCCACUAACAUUGCUAGAGUGGUGCUUGCAGUUAGUGUUUAGUGGAUUGCUGUUUCUCACCCCUUCGAUGGAUUUCCAGUAA